AUGAGACAGUUGCUCAAACAUAUGUUCAAUUUAUUCAUACUGGCUCAGUUGUUCAUUGUAUCUACCCAAACCAGCAACCUACAACAUUUGACAUAUGUAAUACAAGAGGAAGUGCCCAGAGGUACGAAAGUGGGCAAUUUGGCCGAAGAUAUUUUGCAAAUAUACGAUACGUACUCAACGCAUGGUGAGAAAUCACCUGUUAAUCUGAUGAUUACAAACCUGCAGGACAUCGGCCCUCAACACUUUGCUAUUGAUAUGAUCAAUGGCUAUUUGAUUGUGACCUCUAGGCUAGAUAGAGAGGUAAUCUGCCCCGACAGCAGCGGCCCAGGACAAGCGAGGUUCCCAUAUUCUGCUGAAAACGGUGGAGGUCAUCCAAUGCUUGAGAAGAUCCACUCUCCUGGGGCCCCUGAUAGUCCUUGUACUCUAACACUUCGUGUUGUCUACACACCUGAGCAAAACGAGGGUGGGUUGAAGGACCCAAUUCUUUUGACAGUAAAUAUUAUAGUAGCUGAUGUCAACGAUCACGUCCCGGUUUUUCCCCAAACUCGAAUCAACCUGGAACUGGGAGAGGUAUCGGCGGUUCCUGGAGAGACAACGAUUAACCUUCCUACGGCAAGCGAUCCCGAUGCGGGAUCGAAUGGCACUCUUUCUUACUGGCUGGAGCAUGUUCUAUCUCAACACGGGCAUCAACACUUGAAUUCAACAAUCUUUCCUUUUCGUUUGGAAGGCCUUGUGAAUGGUGACCCUCUGCGUUUGCGGUUAAAUCAACCACUGGAUUAUGAAAAGUUGAAAUCCUACGAAAUUUUGCUGUGUGUUGAAGACCACGGGACACCGAAUUCACUCAGCUCUCGACUGCGAAUCCACAUUGACGUUUUGGACGAGAACGACAACAUUCCAACUUUCACGAGACCGAAUUAUUUCAUAAUAAUAAACGAAUCAUUACCUCGUGGGAGCGUACUACUAGAUCUACACGCUCAGGAUCUUGACAGCGGUCAAAAUGGACAGGUAUCAUUUGAGUUACCAGCACCCAUGACAGAAGAGUCAAAGGUGGUCCAGCAAUACUUCGACGUCCGCACAAUUACGCCAGGCUAUGCGAAACUUUUUAUUCGGCAGUCCCCAGAUCUGGACACUGGAAUUGAUGCACAGUCAAGCACCCCACAGGAAAUCUCUAUUCGUCGAAGUCGCGAUUUUACUCUUCGUGUAAUCGCCACCGACAACGGCUCUCCAAGGCGACAUACAUCAGAGGCGACUGUAACGGUGCGGGUGCUGGAUGUUAAUGACAUGACCCCGAAAAUCUCUGUCAAUUUUCUUGCAACUCAGGGCCCACAAUACCAGGGAAACAUGUUUUUCAGGGGGUCGUCACCCCAGAAGGUCCACGGGGUGGUGAUGGAGAAUGUGGGGCGCAGUGUCAUCGCUUUCGUCACUGUGCGUGACCUUGACUCAGGACCGUGGGGACAGGUAGCCUGCAGAACGGACAAUGGGGCCUUCAAACUAGUUCCAAUCAGUGGAAGCACCGCUGAAUUCGAUUCAUUCGAGGGUCCUGGCGAGAUGGAACCUCGCUCUGCAAACAGAGAGCUCUCUUUCAAACUGACGACUCAGAAACCAUUUGACAGGGAAGAGAUUCAACAGGUGCCUUUUCGGAUAAUAUGCAUUGACAAUGUUUAUAAGACCGGCCAAACGCAGACGUUUGUCCAAGACGUCAGCCCACCAUCUAUCGCCGCACCUUCCAUCAGUGAUGCAAAUGGAGGCAAAGAGUUUACGAUUGUCACUGACAGAGCGAAGCAAUUGACAGCAAUAGCUCUAGUUUCCAUUCGAAUUCUCGAUGAAAAUGAUUGCCCUCCAGAAUUCAGUCAAGCCAUCUACACAUUUUCAGUAGGGGAAAAUGUUCCCGACUUCACGAAUCAACCGUCAACAAAAUCGGAGGGUAAACCAAUCGGCAAUAUUCAAGCUCGUGAUCGAGACCUCGAUCCCGUACUAACAUACACUCUGCUCAGCAAUCCACAGGAUGCAUUUAAAAUUGACUCAAAAUCAGGGACUUUACAUAUUGUUAGACCAUUUGAUAGAGAAGCCUUUCUCAUAUCAAAAUACGAGGGGAUUGAGGUCAAGCGGAGUCUAGCAACAAAUGAAUCCACAGUAGUGACACAUCUCCGCGCUCAAGUCUCUGAUGGAAAACACACUGCUCAUACGGAGAUCCAAGUAACAAUCACUGAUGUAAAUGAUUGUCCACCCAUAUUUGAGAGGACAACAUACGAAUUCUUUGUUGAGGAGAACUGCAGACCCCUUAACGGUCAUCCGAUCGGCACAGUGCUAGCUCACGACUCCGACAUGGGAUUAAAUGGGAAGAUUGUUUAUCGUCUGCAGCCGAUUACCGAUCAUGACUUCUCAAAUUCAACCAGCUAUCCACGUGAUUACAAUCCUGCAAGACACUUUAAAAUCGACCCCAACACUGGUAACAUACAUGCAUUGCAUCCGCUCGAUAGAGAACAGUAUAUUCAUCACAUAUUUCAUGUCAUUGCCAUUGACACUUCCGACGGCCUGCUUCACCAACAGACAAGCGAAAAGAGGACCCAAUUCACGGCAACAACCACGGUGACUGUCAUUGUGAACGACGAAAAUGACAACGCACCUACAAUUACUUUCCCUGCAUCACACACAACACUUCGGGUCGAGGUGGGAGCACCAGCGGGUCAGCAAAUUUUCACAGUGACCGCCACAGAUCCUGAUGCGGGUGAGAAUGGCACUGUGCGCUACUCCCUGAGCCAAUCCACACCCCUAGUAGCGGGGGCAAGAGUCAACGAGGCUAGUGCCAAGGGUGCCAUCUUUUCUAUUGAUGAACAGGCAGGAAUGGUUCUAUUGACGGAACAACUCCCUAGCACUCCAACAAAAUACCUUCUAACUAUCAGCGCCCAUGACUUGGGGAGCAUCGUUCAACGAAACACGUCGAUUGCAGUCAUCAUUCACGCUGUGACAAAAAAUCAGUUGGAAGCCUCUGUGGGUUACAAAGGAGAUGGUAAGAUGUCGGUCGUUUGGCGAGGAGAGACAGCUAAAUGCUCUCUAGGAGACUGCCCACCAGGGGUGCGAGUACCGCAGACCCGGCAUCGCGCUCCUGGGGGCUCACAUGGUGAGGGCGGCGGCAGGGUUGAAAGUGAUGGUGGUGGUGGGGAGGGCGGUCAGGGACGCCGUGAAGACUCGCGACUGGCGCCGCUGUUACCGCUUCCGCCCGCACUGACGACGGUGCAGCCCUUUGCUUUCCUCACCGACCGCAUCAUUAUCUUCGUGCUCUCUUCCAUUUUCGUUGUCCUCUUGGUGGUCACCGUUGUCCUCAUUCUCCUCAUACGUCGUCGCCGAUUCAUCGAAAUUAACACAAAUCACGGGCACAAAGACGGACCUAAGGUUUCACAGAUUCAGAAUAACAUCGCCCGUGAGGGCUUACCAUGUGCAACGAACGCACUGCAGCUGAUUCGAAAUGAUGAGGUACCUGGCAGUAAGGCAGUUUUCUACAGGACGGGUCUACCAUCCGAUGGAACGUCUCACAGCGACUCUGAUGGAAGGAGCAUUUUCGCAUCAGAGACCUAUCCGGUAAAUGGAGAAGAUCCCUACACCUUGCUGAAACCCCUGAGUAAAAAUCAAGGCGGACCCCUUUCCUCAAACAAGCACGCAGUUUCUACCACUCCUACCUCCAUCAUCACCCCUCUCCUCCUUGCAUCACGCCACGCCUCGCCACACUGCACUACUCACCCACUCACCUCUACCAACAUGUACAAAACCCUUCCUGGGGCUUCAAAGUGGUCGCAGGCGCGAAAAUUUCCAGCAAGUAUACUGCAAAUUCCUAUUACUGGCUCAGUAGCAGAGAGCGGCACACAAGACCAUACUGCCGUCCUCUAUUCCACUUCUGGCAACUAUUCCGAUGAUUUUGCUCACAUCUACCCCGUCUGCACGACAACGCGCAUUGUAAGCCAUCAGGCCGUGGGAGGGGCCCGAGGAACCAGUCCUUCAGGCAAUGGGAACCUCCUCGCAGGCCUCCUUACACAACCACGCAGGUGCCCUUCUGCCGCUGUUACUGCCGGCACCGCCACCUACACCGAGAUGUCUGGCCAACUCUUGGCGGCUGCGGACAGCGAGGGUGACAUUGGCAAGUGUGAAUACCAGCUGUUGCUUCAGCAAAAGAUGCCAGUUAUAAUGCAACGUCGAUCCUCAGCUGGUCAAUCGGUCCACGGGGAGAAACCAAUUGAAUUUUCCCUCUCAGUGGAUGCAUGGCCAUCUACGUCUCAAGGAAGCGAUGAGCUUAUGAGCGCAUCGACAACCAAGGUGCCCAGGGACGAGGGCGGGAGACACAAAGUCAAGUCGGCCACUCUCCAGCCCAUGGAUCAGGGAAACAGUUUGGAUUGGAAUUCGGACCUAGAAGAUACAAUUACCUCAACGACGCCGUUACAGCCGCACAAGGUGGUCAAAUUCUCGGCCAGCAGCAUUUCUCUCAAUAAAUUGACACCCUUGGGGGAUGGUUUAUCAAAGACUGCGCAAUCCAGUUAUGUGUAG